UUCAUUUUCAGCAACGACACGGAGGGAAGCUGUCAUGUGAAGGUGAUUUUCCACCGAGACAAAACAACAACAGUUACUAAUAAACAGAAAUGGCCUCUGCAAACAUUUCAGAGGAGUUUCUGUGCUCCAUCUGUUUGGAUGUUUUCACUGAGCCUGUUUCCACUCCCUGUGGACACAACUACUGCCGGGCCUGCAUCAGCAGCUACUGGAGCUCCGGGGCCAUCAUCCAGUGUCCGCUGUGCAAAGAAACCUUCCUCACAGCCCCCAAACUGAGAGUCAACACUGAGUUCAGAGACAUGUUGGAGAUUUCCAAGAAGACCAAACAAGCAGCAGGUGAGGAUGGAGGAUCCCCGGCCGGGCCUGGAGACGUUCCCUGUGACCUCUGCGAGGGGAAUAGGAAGCGCAAGGCUGUGAAAUCCUGCCUGGUUUGUGUGGCCUCUUACUGCGACGCUCACCUGAAGCCCCAUCGCACCGUGCAGAAGUUAAAGUGGCACCAGCUGAUCAACCCCGUGGAUUCCCUCGAGGAAAGGGUCUGCAGGAAGCACAACAAAGUGAUGGAGUCUUUCUGCAAGAGAGACCAGUGCUGCCUUUGUUCCGUGUGCCUGAAGGAAGACCAUGUGGGGCAUCACAUCGUCUCUUUGGGGGAAGAAUUUAAGGCGAGGAAAACUAUUCUGCAGGGCGCAAAAAUGCAUAUUAACAACGCUAUGAACGAUAAAUGCAACAUGGUUUUCAGGAUGGAUUACUCGAUGACACAAAGUAGGCAGAAGGAGCAGGAAGCGAACCAGGCCCUUGCUGUUGUGGUUGCCGCGAUUCUCAGUAAAAGAGCUAAGCUGAUGGAGGUUUUGGAGGAGAAGCAGGAAGCUGAAGAGCAAAAGGAUAAAGCACUAAAGAGACAGCUAUGGCUGGAGAUCGCAGAACUCCGUGAGACGAGUGUGAAGAUGGAAGAAGCUUUAAAGACAGAGGAUGAAUUUGGACUCCUGCAGAACCUACCACCCCUCCCCUCUGCAUUAAUCACAAGGCAUUGCUAUACAGAACGCAAAAGUCUCCUGCAAGUAGAGAAAGUCUGGAGAGCCGGAGUUAAAAUCGAGGAAACGCUCAACGAACACAUGGACAAGAUUAUCAGAGAGGUCCUUCAGGGGGAUGAGGAAGAGGAGGCCUUUGAAGAACAGCAAACAGGAACCCCGUUUGACGAUGAACUUGUGAAGAUCCAGGAGCAACAUGCAGUAAAAGUGACUUUGGAUCCCAACACAGCUCACCCUUCCCUUAUCGUCUCUGAGGACGCGACACAAGUUGGGGAUGGAGUCUUCAAGAGGAACAUCAGUGACAACCCUAAAAGGUUCGACUCGCUCCAUUUCGUCCUUGGGAAUGAGGGGUUUUCCUCCGGGAAAAUCUACUACGAAGUAUCCCUUGAAGGACUGACUGGAUGGGAAGUGGGAGUGGUGAGAGAGUCCAUUAACAGGAAAGGUGUCAACUGGUCUCUUACUCCAGAAAACGGAUGCUGGACGUUGGGGUUGUAUUGGGGACGAUGCCAGGCUAACUCCAAUCCUCCGGUCCACUUGCCUUCGAUUAAAAAGCUCCAGAAGGUCGGGGUGUUUGUGGAUUUGGAAAAAGGGUUCGUCUCUUUCUACAACGUGGACACGAGGGCUCAGAUCUACUCGUUUACAGGGUGCGUCUUUGAAAGUACAUCAUUUCUGAGGAAAAUACUAGCGUUCUGGGCGAGGACCAGGAUCUACCCUUUGUUCCGACCCAGCGCUGAGGAAGGGAGCGCUCCUUUACGGAUCACUAAAGUCAGCUCAGUGUGGGAUGCGUGUGGCGCAGUGGACUAGUGCAUUGGUGUUCGGAUCAGGGGAGCACAGGUUCAAACCCCACUG